AUGGAGAUGGCGCGCCUUCAAAACGCGCUUGAGAGGCUGCAGCUAGACUAUGUGGAUAUUUUGCUGGUCACUCGAAAUCCGGAAUUCCCCAACCCAAUCGAGGAAGUUGUACGCACUUGCACCUACCUUAUUGAAAAGGGGUGGGCUUUCUAUUGGGGCACAUCAAAGUGGAGUUCAGCAGAAAUCAUGCAAGCCCAAUCGAUUGCCCGCCAAUUCAAUUUAAUACCAUCCGCCCUGGAUCAGUCGGAAUAUCACAUGUUUCAACGAGAUUUCCUUCAACAUGUUCAGGAAAUGAGCACCAAGUUGAAUCUCGGGUUGAUCACUGGUUCACCGCUAGCCGGGGGUUUUCUCACAGGUAAAUACCUGGACGGCAUUCCAAACUAUUCGAGAGCAUCACUUAAGGUUGCUCCGCGACUCAAUCUGAACAUUCUGACGGAAAUUGAAUGCAUUUUAUCACCCGAUACAUCUGAAGGUUUUCUCUAG